UCCCGCGCUGCCAGCAUGACCGACACUCUGCUGCCCGCGGCCCCCCAGCCGCUGGAGAAGGAGGGCGACGGCUACUUUCGGAAGGGUUGCAAUCCCCUCGCACAGACUGGCCGGAGCAAACUGCAGAAUCAGAGGGCUGCCUUGAACCAGCAGAUCCUGAAAGCCGUGCGGAUGAGAACGGGAGCGGAGAACCUUCUGAAAGCAGCCACGAACCAAAAGGUACGGGAGCAGGUGCGCCUGGAACUGAGCUUCUUGAACUCAGACCUGCAAAUGCUUAAGGAAGAGCUGGAGGGGCUCAACAUCUCGGUGGGAGUCUAUCAGAGCACAGAGGAGGCAUUUACGAUACCCCUGAUUCCACUUGGCCUGAAGGAAACCAAGGACGUUGACUUUUCAGUCGUUCUCAAGGAUUUUAUUCUGGAACAUUACAGUGAAGAUAGCUACCUCUAUGAAGAUGAAAUAGCAGAUCUUAUGGAUCUGAGACAAGCCUGUCGGACGCCCAGCCGAGAUGAGGCUGGGGUCGAGCUGCUGAUGAGUUACUUCAUCCAGCUGGGGUUUGUUGAGAGCCGAUUCUUCCCACCCACCCGACAAAUGGGGAUCCUGUUUACCUGGUAUGACUCCCUCACGGGGGUUCCGGUUAGCCAACAGAACUUGCUGCUGGAGAAGGCCAGCAUUCUGUUUAACAUUGGAGCCCUCUACACACAGAUCGGGACCCGGUGCAAUCGACAGACAGAAGCUGGGCUGCAGAGCGCAGUGGAUGCCUUUCAGAGAGCCGCAGGGGUUUUAAACUACCUGAAAGAGACGUUUACUCACACUCCGAGUUACGACAUGAGUCCCGCCAUGCUCAGUGUGCUGGUCAAAAUGAUGCUCGCGCAAGCCCAAGAAAGCACGUUUGAGAAAAUCUGCCUUUCUGGGAUCCAGAACGAGUUCUUCAUGCUGGUGAAGGUGGCUCAGGAGGCUGCCAAGGUGGGAGAGGUCUAUCGGCAGCUGCACACGGCCAUGAACCAGGAGCCAGUGAAGGAGAACAUCCCAUACUCCUGGGCCAGCUUGGCCUGCGUGAAGGCCCACCACUACGAAGCCCUGGCCCACUACUUCACAGCCACCCUCCUCAUCGACCACCGGUUGAAGCCUGGCACAGAUGAGGACCACCAGGAGAAAUGCCUGUCCCAGCUCUAUGACCACAUGCCAGAGGGGAUGACGCCCUUGGCCACGCUGAAAAACGUUCACCAGCGCCAGCAGCUGGGCAAGUCCCAUCUGUGCCGAGCCGUUACCCAUCACGAGGAGUCCGUGAGGGAGGCCAGCCUGUGCAAGAAGCUCCGGAACAUCGAGGUGCUGCAGGAGGUGCUGUCUGCGGCGCACCAGCGGUCCCGGCUCAAGUACACUCAGCUCCGUGAGGACUAUGACCUGCUGAACUUGAUCGACGUUCCCGACAUCAUCUCUAAAACUGAGCGAGAGGUUGAAAUUAUACCGCCACAGUUCUCCAAGGUGACAGUAACGGACUUCUUCCAGAAGCUGGGCCCUUUAUCUGUGUUUUCGGCUAAUAAGAGAUGGACGCCUCCUCGAAGCAUUCACUUUACUGCAGAAGAAGGAGACUUGGGGUUCACCCUGAGAGGAAACUCCCCAGUUCAAGUCCACUUCCUGGAUCCAUACUGCUCUGCUGCGGUGGCAGGAGCCAAGGAGGGGGAUUAUAUUGUUUCCAUUCAAGACGUGGAUUGUAAGUGGCUGACUGUGAGUGAGGUUAUAAAGCUGCUGAAGAGCUUUGGCCAGAACGACAUUGAAAUGAAGGUCGUGAGCCUCCUGGAUGCCACGUCGUCCAUGCAUAGUAAAUGUGCCACAUACUCCGUGGGAAUGCAGAAAACUUACUCCAUGAUCUGCUUAGCCAUAGAUGAUGAUGAUAAAACUGAUAAAACCAAGAAAAUCUCGAAAAAGCUGUCCUUUUUGAGUUGGAGCACCAACAAGAACAGACAGAAGUCGGCGAGCACCUUGUGCCUCCCAUCGGUUGGGGUCAGGGUUGCGGGGCCUCCGGUCAAGAAGAAGCUCCCCUCUCCGUUCAGCCUUCUCACCUCCGACAGUUCUCUGUACUAACGUGAGGAAACAAAAGCGUUUCCCAUGCUGACUGGGCCUUCGUAUUUGCGCCAUAGUGGAAAAUUUCUAAAUAUUCUCAAAUCCCAUUUUCUCACAGCGUAAACCUACAAUUGAUAUGUUUUUAUGAAUGACAGUAACAAGAAACCUCUAGAAAUUUGUGGAAAACAAACUUAUUAGGGGAGUCUCACCAUAUUGCUGCAAGUUAUUUAUUAUAUAAAGUAUUGUAAAUAGAAUAAUGUGGAAAUAUGGCUGUUUUUAAUGACUGUAAUUAAGACUCUUAGUUACUUACUAUCAGAGUUAAAUUAGGAUUUCCUAUACUGGUCCUAUUUGUAAGUUUCCUGACUUGGGUGAUAGACAGAUAAUUCCUUAACUCAGAAUUCAGAUGACCCCAAAUUAAGGCAGGGCAAGGGACCAUAAUGAUAGACUUAAAUUAGUGUUACUAAAAACUGUCCCAGGGGGCUUCCCUGGUGGCGCAGUGGUUGAGAGUCCGCCUGCCAACGCAGGGGACACGGGUUCGAGCCCUGGUCUGGGAAGAUCCCACAUGCCGCGGAGCAACUAGGCCCGUGAGCCACAAUUACUGAGCCUGCGCGUCUGGAGUCUGUGCUCCGCAAUGGGAGAGGCCGCGAUAGUGAGAGGCCCGCGCACCGCGAUGAAGAGUGGCCCCCGCUUGCCGCAACUGGAGAAAGCCCUCGUAGAGAAACGAAGACCCAACACAGCCAAAAAGAAAGAAAGAAAAGUGAUGUGCUUAAAUAAAUACACUAAAACAAACAAACAAACAAAAACUGUCCCAAAGAGCUCCUUCCUAAGGGUAAUUCAUUAACCUAAAACAACAAGAUUUUACUAUUAUUUCUAAAUAAUAUGAAUGCUGUUUCCAGAUAAAGUCUAGUGCCAAAUUUGUCAUGACUUGUUAGAUAAAAAACCAUUUAGGAGCAACUUUUCUUCUAUUUUAUGUCAUUUAAAAGUCGCUAACACAGUGGCAGUGUUAGAUGAGGAUGCUGUCUACAAGGUAGAUAAUAUACUGUUUGAUACUCAAAACACUUUUCAUUUUGUUUAAAGUAGAAAGUACAUAGUUGUAUAUUUUAAGAGUCUUUAAGAAGGGUUAAAAACAUUGUAUAAGGUCAGGAUGUAAAUGAUUCAAGUUUAGAGCUCUAUUUGACUUUUUAAAAUGACAUUCUUACCAGCUGAUUUCUCUUGCUAUACGUUGGAUGACACUGUGACUCUAGAUUCACUGUUGGCAUAGUACAAGUUAUAUAGCUUUUAAAAAUAUAUCAUUGACAUGUAAUUUUGAGAAUUAACAAACGUAAAUAUUUUCUAGUGUGUAAUAUCAAAAGGGAAGCAACCAUAUUUGGGAAA